CGUGUAGUUAGGAGUGCGCGCCCGACGACGCUGAUAAACUAAAAACAUUACACAUGAACCGCAUUACACGUGCAUGACCUGAAACCGAGGAGUUGGAGAUUUUUUUGUUACUGGAAAUAUUCACAAAGAAAAUGGAGAAAUCAGAUGGUCUAAAGGAAGAUGGAAGUCCAAUGAUUGCUGCAAGAGAGAGAGGACCGGGGCCUGGUCGCUAUGGACUUCCUUCGACUUGUGGUGCACACAAACAUGACAUGACCAAACACAUGAAACCUUCUUACUCCUUUGGGAACCGGCUAGAAAACUCCAUGUUCGGAAAAGACAUCAGUCCUGGGCCAGCACAUUUCAUCAACCCUACUAUCACAAGAGUGGGAAAAGACGGGACACCUGCAUACUCUAUCCUGGGCCGACAGAAAGAUCCAAAUACAUUUGUCACUCCAUCACCGUAUGCCUACAGUCCAGAGAAGGUGCACCCACAGGGUGAGCGCCAUGCACCAGUGUACUCCAUGGGCGCUCGCACCCGAUUCAGGAAGCGCGACCAAAGCCCCGCCUCCAACAGUUACACCCUGCCAAAACUCAUCGGGCCGAAGGUGCCCAACAAGAAGUCAGCUGCGAGCCACUCCAUGACGGGCCGGCCCAAAGUGGGCGGGUACUUGGAGGAUUUGUCGAAGACCCCUGGGCCAGGAAGUCACAACGCCGUGCACCCGGACGUCACCAAAAACAAGAAGCCCUUGUAUUCCAUGCUGGGCAGGAACAAUAUGCCUGGGGACGGCACCAAGAAACCUGGACCUGGGGCACACAGCCCGGAAAAAGUGACCGUCAACAAGAGGAAGUACCCAAGCUUCUCACUGGGAAUCAAGCACUCGGAAUUUGUCUGUCCGCUCAUCAUCGAUGUAACUGAUUAGAUGAUGCCCCUGUUUCUUGAGUGUCUUGCCAGUUACCAAGUUUUAAAUCUUCACCAGUCUGGGCUUUAUGGAAAAGGGAAAUUUUAUAAAGUUUUGUGAGGCAGACAUUUAGUUACUGCCGAGGAAUAUCCAUAUAUCAAUUAUCUUGGUUUAUUUGGCAAAGCGAUACAUGUACAGCCGACAUCGUUAAUACAAACUCAGUCGGACAUUGCCACAAUGUUUGUUAUAAACUUAUAUCAACAUUUUGUAUUAAGUGCUAAUCCCAUUCAUCGUGCACAUAAUAUGCACAGCUAGAACCAAGGCUUAAUGUUUGAUAUACAUGUAACCAGAAUUUGUAUUAACAUUGUUUGUAUUAACAAGAGUCGACUGUACCUUUUAUCAUGGAGCUAAUAGCGGUGCAAAUUUGACCCAGUUGUUGUUGUUACUUUGGGUAAUUAAUUAAUUUUCUGUGCUGGAUUUUUAUAGCAGAAUCACAUACUUGCUUUUCAGUGGUCAGUGAACAACAUAGAAGCUAAUAUUGCAGUAAAUGUAGACACCAAAAGGGCAUGUUCAUAUUGACCAUAUCUGAUUAGUAGAUACAUUGUGUAUUUCAUUUAUUCAAAGCUGUGUGCAUCAUAUCAGGGUACCACUUCUUAUUUUUUCAUAUCUUCUUUUUUUUACAGAACAAACGUAUUUUGGGCAUUUCUUUAUACAGAAUAUUUCUACCAAUUUUUAUCCAGACAAUACAUGUACAAUGUAUUUAUUUCACACUUGCUUUAUAACAGGGUCCAUGUACACAAUAUGGGGUUAACUUCCGUCCAGUAUGGUCCAGUGUGUGAAUAUUGUAUUUCUGCUAAGAUGCAGCCAACAUGUAAAUAUGUACAGUAUAAGCAGCAGAUUUAACAAUGGCAAUAUGUAAACAGUAUACGUGUACAUGUAUACAUUUUUAACAAUGUAAAAGUGUAGGCUCUUUGGAGAAGAGGUCAAAGGUCAGAAUAGGUUUCCAAAUGUGUGCGUAUGUCUGAACCUGUACAGUAAACAAAAAAUGUGUACAUGUACAGCAAAAUAUCUAUGCAGGCUUUUGUAAACUGAUAACUUUUCUGCACUGUACAGAAUUGACAUUUUAUAUUAUAAAUUGAAUAAAGCAAUAUAUGCAUGUAUUACAUUU